UUUGUAUUUGGCCCCCCCUUUACUUUAUUUCUGGCUCCGUCCCUGCCGGCGACCAGCCAUCGGCGGCGAGCGAUGGGGUGGGCGACGCGAUUCCUGGCGGCGGGGUGCUUUUUCACCGCGGGUGUCCUCUUCGUCCUCGACGCCCUCCUUGGCUCCCCAUCGUGCGCCGACACCGUCACCACCGCCAAGCUGGCCCACCUCCUCUCCUUCGCCACCUCCUGGGGCGCUGCCCUCUGGGCCUCCUUCAUCGGCGGCAUCAUCAUGUUAAAGAACCUGCCGAGGCACCAGUUCGGGAACCUGCAGAGCAAGAUGUUCCCAGCCUACUUCACACUCAUCUCCGCCUGUGCCGCCAUUUCCGUCGCCGCCUUCGCGUAUCCCCACCCAUGGAAAACAACGUCGGCCGUGGAGCGCUACCAGCUUGGGUUCCUCCUCUCUGCGCUUGGCUGCAACCUCUCUAACCUGCUGGUCUUCACCCCCAUGACCAUCGAGGGGAGCAAUCGCCUCCCCCCCCCCCCCACCCAGGCGAUUCCCUGUGGUAGCCUUGAUCAUGCUAUGGGAAUUUUGGAUCUGUGAUGGCAAUAGUGGACAUAUAAUUUAUACUUCGUAGACUUGAUAGUUGAUAUAAUCGCAGAAGCGUUCAUGAGUUUAUCUGGGGAAUUGUAGGAAAUUGAUUAACAAUUAGCCUGUUGCACAGUCGCUUGGGGAGUAAAUAAUUUGCGAUGUGAUAUAGCUGUCACUUGAAUGCAAUAGCACGUAGUCAAUGAACUAAUGAUGACAUUGUUUAGUUUACAAAAUCCUGCAGCGACAAAAAUGGCACAUUUCAGUCCAUCAUUCAAACCUCAAUGUUCAUACUACACCUACUGGUGAUUUGUAGUAAGAAAAGCAGUGAUUAACUUCACUACGCAAUGAGUAGCCCAAGUUUAGGUGAUCAAUUGGAAGAUAUCAUAGGCUAGAACAAAGAAAAAAAGUACUUGCCUUUUCCUUUUCAGUUAUUCCUUGGUGGGUAAUUGGUAAAUUUGCACUUGCCGCCGCUCCUACGUCCAGCACUCUCACCACUUAACCCGACAACGGUUACCUCUACAGUUUUCUCCUCUCCAUGGACAUGAACAGUGUUUGCACAUGUGCUCUUGGCUCCCUUUCCAUCCAUCACCUCAUCCUUCUUGGCAUCUCCAUUUCCCGGAGCUACCAUUAUCUUCCGGCCUCUCAACCAUUUCCGGCCGGUUAACAAAUCCGCACUGUCACCCAAGCGUUCCUGCAUUUUCAGAAGGCGAUUGCUAUAGCUUGCCCGGGUGAACUCUCGCUCGAUUUUUUCUUCCCUCUCUCUCACUCGAGUUUUUCUCUUCCUCUCUCUUGCUCUCUUCUCUGAUUCCGGCGAGAUCCACCCCGAGUUCUCCAUCUCCGGCGAGAUCCGCCCCGAUCUACUCCCUCUCCGACGAGCUCCGGUGAGGCCGAGGUUAGGGUUUCAGGUUUCGGGGUUUCGGGGCCAGGGUUGGGGGUUCUGGGUCCCGGGCUUAGAAAGAGCUGCUGGGGGGUGGCCGGCCCGGCGGAGGAGGCGGUUGGUGGGCGGUGCUGCGAGGCGG